CGGGCUGCGGGGUGAGGGAGGUAUUGCCCGUAGGGUAGCGACGUUGUCUGCCGUUUUGCUGUUUGGCAUGGGGCGCUGUCUGCGGGUGAUGGGGGCCCAAGGCCCGUUGUCUGGUGGGGCCCCGUCGGCUUCCCACACUUUAGGGGUGGCUUGGCCGACGUGCCGAGUGACUGGCUGCCCGCCAGCAUUUGCCUCCCCUCCGACCUGGGAAGGGGGAAUUGAUGCCUCUUGCUGCCUCCCUGGGGGCGUUCCGUGCGUUCUUUCGAGUUGCUGCCCGCCUCGGGCGCUUCCUUGCUCUGUCAGGUGUGGUCUGCCCCUCCUGCAGAAAGAUGGCUGUGGCUGGCAGGCAGGAUAGGGCAGGGCUGGGGCGGGCGCCGCGGGCGGCGGCUUGCCCUGGCUGUCCCCUCUUGUGAAACAUCCCCUGAGGUGGCGGGGCCUGUUUCCUGCGCCCACGCACGGGCAGCUCUCUGCGGGGCACUGAACACGGCCUGCAGCGGAACUCGAGGAAUCGCUGUCUGGUUUGGCGGUCCUCUAGUAGCGCAGCUAGGUGAGGUUAGAUCUGUGGGGCAGAACACUGAAGUGCUAGUCUUUGGCGAUGUAAUGCUGCUCAGACGAGCACCCGCGCCCUGAGAGAGGAGACUGCCAGAAGCCAGCGUCGUUCCUCAGAGGAAAACCCCACACGCUGUUCUUCCAGAGCUUCUCUUCGAGUGGGUGGUUGUUCGGUCGUGCUUCACUGUAGUUGCGUGUCCUGCUGCUUUCUAGCUUAACAAAUGGCAGCCCAGUGUGUCACCAAGGUGGAGUUGAUGGUUGCUUGCACCAAUCUCUUGGAUAAAGACGUUGGUUCCAAGUCAGACCCGUUGUGUGUGCUUCUCCAGAACACGAGUGGUCAGCAGUGGUAUGAGGUUGAUCGCACAGAAAGAAUUAAGAACUCCUUGAACCCAAAGUUUGCCAAGAAAUUUGUAAUUGACUACUAUUUUGAGCUUGUUCAGAAACUUAAAUUUGGAAUAUAUGACAUAGAUAACAAAACCUUUGAUCUGAAUGAUGAUGACUUCUUAGGAGAAUUUGAAUGUACACUGGGACAAAUAGUUUCUAGCAGGACUCUGACAAAACCCUUGCUACUUAAAAAUGGCAGACCUGCUGGAAAAGGAACUAUUGUGAUCACAGCAGAGGAGGUGAAGGAUAACCGAGUGGUUAUAUUGGAAGUAGAAGCAAGGAAACUAGACAAUAAGGAUUUUUUUGGAAAGUCAGAUCCUUAUCUGGAAUUCCACAAGCAGACUGGAGAUGGAAACUGGGUGAUGGUUCACAGAACAGAGGUUAUUAAAAACAACCUCAAUCCAGUUUGGAGGCCCUUCAAAAUCUCUCUCAAUUCUCUGUGUUACAGUGACAUGGAUAAAUCAAUCAAGGUUGAGUGCUAUGACUAUGAUAGUGAUGGAUCUCAUGAUCUCAUAGGAAGUUUUCAAACCACAAUGUCAAAACUGAAGGAAGCCUCUCGGUCUUCACCUGUGGAGUUUGAGUGCAUCAAUGAAAAGAAAAGACAGAAGAAAAAAAGUUACAAGAACUCGGGCAUCGUGAGCGUUAAGCACUGUGAGAUCAUGGUAGAAUGCACGUUCCUUGAUUACAUCAUGGGUGGAUGUCAGCUGAAUUUCACAGUGGGGAUAGAUUUCACAGGCUCCAAUGGGGACCCUCGCUCUCCAGACUCUCUGCACUACCUCAGUCCUAAUGGAGUGAAUGAAUACCUGACAGCCAUUUGGUCUGUGGGCAUGGUGAUUCAGGAUUAUGAUACAGAUAAGAUGUUUCCAGCCUUUGGAUUUGGUGCACAGAUUCCUCCCACUUUUCAGGUGUCACAUGAGUUCCCAUUAAAUUUUAACCCAUCAAACCCAUUCUGUCAUGGAGUCCAAGGCAUUGUUGAUGCAUAUCGAGCUUGUCUCCCUCAAGUGCAGUUAUAUGGGCCAACCAAUUUUUCUCCAAUCAUAAAUCAUGUGGCAAGAUUUGCUGCUGCAGCUACACAGCAGCAAACAGCAUCUCAAUACUUUAUACUUCUGAUCAUAACAGAUGGCGUGAUAACAGACCUUGAUCAAACUCGAGCUGCCAUUGUCAAUGCUUCAAAGUUGCCCAUGUCCAUCAUCAUUGUUGGUGUUGGAGGAGCAGACUUCAGCGCUAUGGAGUUUCUUGAUGGUGACAAUGGAGUUCUUAGGUCCUCAUCAGGAGAAGCAGCUGUCAGAGACAUUGUACAGUUUGUUCCAUUCAGGAAGUUCCAAAAUUCUCCAAAAGAAGCUCUGGCACAGUGUGUCCUGGCAGAAGUCCCUCAACAAGUGGUGAACUAUUUCAGCACCUACAAACUUCAGCCUCCUCAGAAUCCUGCUGCCAAGUGAAAGGACUGAGCAGAGGAGCUGAGGGAGUCCUUGCUUCACUUGGCCUAUCGACAGACUGGUUCUUGAGAUAUUUCUGUAUAGAUGUAUACACACCUAUAUGUGUACAUCUGUGCCUGUAUGGUUACCUCUGCUAGCUUUGCCUGCAGAUUGCUUUCCCAAGUCUGCCUUUUGAGGGGAAAAAAUGUAGUUGUGUUAAUAUUUGGUGUUGAUUUGAAAGACAGGGCUUAAGUGAAUACAUUUUAUUUCUAAAAUAUCAGACAAUAGAAAAGUUAAAUGUGCAGAGAAGGGGAAGAACAGCUGGAAGUGGGACAGCUGCCUGUUUGGUAAAUAUGGCCAGUGGGAGUGUUCAGUUACGUGUGCAGGUGUCAGUACUGCGGACUGAAGUUUCUCAGUGAUCAUAAAACCAGGCUGAAGUGAAAAAGAGGAUUUAUCCCCAUCAAACAGGUCAAGUUUUGUAUGUGCUGUGACCAAUUUGAAUUACUUCAGGCUUCUGUGUCUUAUUAAGCUGCCAUCACAGAUCUUUAUCACAGGAGCUUCAUAAUUAAACAAGUGCCAGAAGAGAGCACAAAGGACCUCCUGGCACCCCUGCCUCCCGUUUGCCACUUCUCUGCCCGUGGCUAGUGCCUGGGAUUCAGGGCUGUGUGAACAGGAGCCAAACAAGUCAUUAAAACAUAUAGCAGGCAUUCUCUUAAGGUAGUGCAGGAGUAACUUGGGUGAAUCUCAAAAGAAUACUACUGGCCUUUGGAGGCUACUUCUGUAAAGGCUGGGAACUUCAGAUUUUCCUUUAGGUGAAGUUUUGGGGUUUGUUUUCGUGGGAUUUUUCAGUGUUUUUUGAUGUGUUUUUUUUUCCCCCCCAGAAACCAGUAAUUACUAUUGAUCUUUAAAGGGGCCUUUGUGAAGUGAGAAUUCACUUUUAGUUUUGUCUGAUUUCUAGGUGCAUGUUUUCAAGCAAAGGCAGUUCUUGAAAGUGCUCUCUGUAUUGGUUUUCUCAUAUUCUCAAUUAUGCAUCUCUUUCGUGAGCCUACUAAUGAAAAGUGCCUGCAAAAUCUAGUCUUCCCUUUUCUCCCACAGCAGGAUGACAUAAGGUCUCUAAGCUCUAAUCCUAUUAUCAUGCUGUGUUUCUCUAGGGCACACAAUUUCUCCUUUAUUGUCUUGCCUUGAGUUUUGUCUUCAUUACACCAAGUGUAAAUCGUGUUCUACUUGCUUAGUGGACAGAUGAAGCUUUUUCGUCUCCCAGUGGCAUACUGCUUUCUGAGGAUCACUUCUGAUCCUGUCAGUGCAUGUAAGGUAAGAGGAUGGAAAGGUCUCAUUUAUCACUUCCAAAGUGCCAGUCUUGAACAUCAGUUUUGCAGGUCCACAUUCGAAGUGGUUUAGAGUUAAGUGUCUGAUAGAUCUGAUUCUGGGACAGUCUACCUUACAAACAUUUCGCACUAAUGAUGAAGCUGUCAUACUUGGAUGCUCAAGAUCACACCUGGUCAUUGUAUGUAUGUGACUUUUUUCAGUUGCUAGAGCUGCUCUGGGGGGUUAUUUUGUAUAUAUAUGUAUUUUCUCCCACACAUAUAUAAUCCUGUCAAAGAUCUGAAUUCACAGUAACAUCAGUGGAUGAAAGACAAAUGUAUUGUGAUGGUCUUGCAUAGUCUUUAUAUCCCAUAAAACAUAGCAGAUGUGUUACAGACAGUUAUCAAUCAUGACUAUGUUAUUCUUCCCUCCAUUUUCCUUGGUGGAAGGGUUCCUGAAUAGUUCCAGUAGCAGAGUACUAAGGAAGAGAGGUUUUGUUUCGUAUUAAGUAUAAUUCAUGUGUUUAUUUAAUAAUCUACAAACAUCUUCUUAUCAGUAGUUCAAAUAUGUUUCUGCCUUAUGCAUAAGUUAUGAUGAGGUGUUUUGCCAGAUACGCAACACAAACUAUGAAUCUCAAGUAAGUAGUUAUGGGGAGCCUAAAUCACGGUGCAGAAAAUGGAUAUUGCAUGCUUUUGGAGCAGUAAACUGUUUCACAGCAGCAUGCUCCAUGUACAGAGAACACUAGGUGCAGUACAUUUGUUGAGGUGGAUGAGUACUACAGGUAAGAGUAGAUGAUACUACUGAAUGUCCUCUGAGCUGUCUUGCCAAAAACCAAUUCUGUUUCUAAGCUCUUCUCCCAGUUCUGAGUUGCCAUGGAUGUGCCUUUAAAUGCAUUUAAGUAUGUUAAUGGCUGUUAAUUCUGAAAUAAUGUUUUAUGUUUUGUCUGUGCUCUAUACAUAAAUGCUGAGUUUAUACAGCAGAAAAAUCAUUAUCUCUUAUUGGAAAAGUGCUUCUGUGUUCCUCAGGCUUAGGGAAUUCAGCGGCAGGUCAGAGACACCUGCUUCUCUGUAUGCCCUGUUCUAUGUAAAAGUCUCUGAGACCUGACAGCAGCAAGAAAUAUCUUCCAGUUAGAACUUUCCUUCAAAGUGCUCAGCUAAUGUCUGUUGAAAAUUUUGGGAAAUUCUGAGUUAUGCUGAAGCAAUAUUCUAAGUCAAGGAGCAAAACAGAUGGUAAGUCAAGGGCAAGGGGAAUGACCGUUGUGCCGUUUUCCCUCUGUUUUUACAUGUUAAAAAUGCCUUAGUAGCUUGAGGGUGGCAGAGCAAAUAUUGCCAGUCUUGUGAAGUGGAUCACUGCCGCCACCUGGUGCCAAAGAUUGUGUAUAGCACUUCGGGAUCAGAUGCUUUUUGCCCUUUAGUUGUUCUAAUAGAAGCGCGGCAGAGAAAUAACCUGGAACCAGAUAUUUUUACUUUCCUAUGUAUUUCAAUUCUGAUGAAGUUAACCGAUUUAUAGUGCCUAUUAAAAGUAUAGUUUCAAUA